CCGGUGGCCUCCUCUUCACCAAAGCACCAACGGUUACCUAUUCCGACGACAUUAUUUUACGUCGACCCACCAUCAUUGGCGUUUGAUGGGCAUGAUUUUGUGCCUUUGUCCACGGAGAUGACCCUCUCACUCAAGGCUAGGGAAAGCGUGCGAAAUCAGUGGUCUAACCCUCGGGCCCUCCAGACUUUUAGCAAAAGUUCCCACCGACGUCUGCCACUCGUGCCACUGUCUGCUUAGCAGCUUCGAUCCGCUAAGAGACACCGCGUGGCUGGGCAAAUGCUGACAAAGAGUUCUCAAGGACCAGAUCGAACCCACUACUGCCUUACCUGCCCUACUUUCACACUGCCACGACUGCUCAAGAGCCGAUCUUUUUUCACCCCAUGGGCCAUCGACCAUCGACUAUGGGUCAGUGGUCAGUGGCACUGCCUGAUACGAAACGCCGCGAAACUACAAGAUCCAUCAGAAGAACCAAUGCUGCUCAAGCCGUUGUUCCGUCACCACCAUGCUCUGUGUCGACCCAAUGCCCAUCAACCUGUACUUGACUCAACCACACUCCUGCUCCCUCACUGUUGCCAUCCUCGCCAUGAAAACGCCAUCAACCCUAUCGAUAGUGUACUCCAUUAUCCCCAUUUUCGAGAGCGUCAUCGACAUUCACAUGCUCAACCUACUUGAUCCAGAACCAACAAACCCUUGAGAAGCAUCCACACCAAGCAUGAUGCAUAACGACAUCCCAUGUCAGUCUUGUUGAUGCCCGUCUCGAUGCCCAUGACCCGCAACCUCAAUCCUCCGGCCUGGACAAACCACUCAUUAUAGCAGAGAGCUAGGUCUGGCACCAUGGCACCUACAUCUACUUUCAUCAACUAUUCCCACCCCUCGGAGCAAAAUGAACGUCAGAACCGACGCACUGUUGCCUCCUACAUUGGUACUCAUUACCGCAAUCGAUCCAAACCAUCGGCAAGGCUACAGCGAGAUGGCGAGAAAUCGUCAAUUCGUGGCCAGAACAAGCCCAAGGUCGAGGUGCCCUCGCAAGCCAGCGCCGUCUCCGUUCCUCGUCUACCAUGGCAGAAGGCUGCAUCACCAGAGGAAAAGGGUUUGACUGCCUCCAAGGCCGGUGACAACCUUUACCUUGCUCACGAUAAGCAUGGCUUUCGCUCCGAUCCUUUCAGCACCUAUCCAAUACAGCCUCGGGCCCAUUUGUCCAAAACAGUUGACUUUUUCCUGAGAUACUACGGCCCAGCCCAUCUCAUCUGUCCUGAGAAUUUGAGCGCCGAAGCUGGAACUCUUGUUAUCCGCCAAAUCUUCCAGUAUGCAAUGGAUGAUGCUUUGCUCUUUGAGGCCAUGAUGGCCGUCUCACAAGCAGGUAUGACGGCUAGAUGCUGGUCUGUCGAUGGUCCUGAUAAAGAUGCCCUGCUUCAUUACAACCGCACCGUCAGUCGCCUGCGUUCUCUCCUUGACCAAAACAUGGCAUAUUCCCAAGACGCCGUUUUGUUUGCCAUUGUCGCUCUCAUGGGUGUUGAUUACCUCUUGAACGACAUGGUGGCUUAUGGAACCCAUAUCGAAGGCAUGCGCCGCAUCAUCGCUCUCCGGGGCGGUCUGGACAAGCUGGGAUGGCCCACGAUUCUGAAGCCCCUGGUGAUCUCUGUGGAAAGCUUCUGGACGUACAUCUGCACCAAUCCACCACAGCCAGAGGCAUCCUCUCCUGAUGUCCAACCCCCUCCCUCGGCAACGGCCGAUUACGUAGAUAUCGCAUGUCCCUAUGUGAGGAAAUCCUCUGCCGACUUGUUCGAAAUGAUCCAAGGGCUUCCGCUCGGAUUUCGACGCCUGGCACUCAACUAUCGCCGCAGCGUACCCGUCAUGGCUUUGAUCUACGGCGUGGUCUCGAACAACGACGAGAUCCAUGCUCCAGAUUACGAAUCUAGCCCCUCUGAAGUCAAUGCUGCCAAUCACCAAGAGUGGCUGUAUUGCCUGCGACUCUUGUCGGACAUAAACAUUACUCCAGUCGAACGAACUUGCUGUAUUGGCUUGAUGCUCACCAUUGUGGAUCGAAGCCACUCGGCAGGGCACAGCCCGCACUACCGGCAACAAAUUCGACACCAUGCAAAGGAGCUCUCAUCGGGGAAAGGUAGAUUCCUCCAAGAAGACGUCUCCGACAUGUUUCUCUGGGUGUCGUUGAACAUUGUGGGGCGCGAUUUCCAGAAGCGAGCACAAGAGCAGGGGUCAGGCCUCGGAGAAGAUGACAAAAUUGAGCUUCUCCUCGUACUCGUACGACGACACGCCGCGCUAAAGUGGGAUGACGUCUUGGCUCGAAUGAACAACUUCAUUCCUGCCCCUCGACAAGAGGGCGACUGGCGAUAUGCAUGGCAACUGGGCCACAAGCUUUUGUGGGCUCGAGAAGCAUGCGAAAGUCCCAUGAGCUCGAAUAUUUUUGUCAAGCAAGCAUCCGAGUCACCAAGUCUCGCGGGUGUCAGAAAGCUUCAAGGGUUGCCCGAAGGAACACCAUAGAACUGUACCGGUCCUACCGCUCGCCCGAGACCUUCUUUGUGGCCCCUGGCCCCCUAGGCCACUAUGUCUCUAGGUUCCGGUGGCCAAUUUAGGGAGUCACUAUGGUUCCACUAUAUAACUAUCAAGUAGGCAAAUGCCCUGACUCACCAACCACCAACCACGACCACUUCCAGUUCACCCCGUCCAUCGGGUUUUGAUAUGUAAUCCGUCGUGCCGUUGCAAGAGCGAACAGGUCGCCUGGUCAAGAGGGCAUUUCAAAGAUGCAUAUCUCGGUGACAUGACAAAGCCAUGGCAGAUUAGGUUACUAUUCC